AUGGCCCAGAGGUCGCUCGACGGCCUCACCGCUUUCCUCACCUGUGUCUUCCCUUACCUCCCCGACGCCGAAACCCGAAAAUACCUUGACGCUGCUGGCGCGGACCCCUUGGUGGCCUCGCUCCUCAUCAUCAGAAGACGCAACAUGCAGUUCGACUACAGCUCCCAAACGACCAAGGCAGCAGUCGUGGUCGCCCUCAGAUGUGCAGCGGUUGCUGCCAAGCACCCAGAUCCGCAGAGGUUCGUGAGAGGGUGGAAGUUCGUUUCACCUAUUGUGGAAGUGCUCGUUUCACCGCCUGCUGUGGAAGCGCUCAGCCCUGUGUCAAUUUCGACACACAAGGCCAAUAUGCAGGACACUUUCUUCUUUUCGUGCACUGGAGGCAAUCAAGUCUGUGGAGACAAUUGCAUUAGACCCAGUUCUUCUGCGGAAUCAUGUUCAUGGGCGGCUACUGCUAUGGUCCACUGGAUCCUGUCUCCAAUCAUUAUCAACACUAUCUGGUACGAGGAACACUUUCCACCGAGCAAACAGUUUGAAGUAUCCAUGAUUAGCACCCAGUUGCUUUGGCGUAUUGUGGCCCGAUCGCUUUAUGGACUCAUAUCAUUCCUGUGCACUGCACACCGAGGCAUUACACCUGAUCAGGCCAUUGAAUCCUUGCUGGUGACCGAUGUCCACUUGCUAGCUGCUUAUGAUGAACGCUCUGCUUGGCCCACCAGUACUACCUGUCUAUCUGAUGACAGUCCCACCCUGUCUCUGCCUGUCAGUGCCACUGCUGCGGGCACAGCAGCAUUUCACUGCUCCCCACUUGCACAAUCGGAGUUUCUUAUAUCACAGCGUUUUGUUGGUUACCCACCAUCCUCCGAGGAUAUCAGUGCGGUUUGCAUGGUGUUAGAAAGCCGUUCCUCCUCUUCUGGCACACACCAGCAACAAAAUAUAGCCCUAACAAAGGUCAAGAAAAGGGUGUAUGCUAAUAUGUGUCAGUGCAGCGAUAGCUUCUGGGGUCAACAUGACCGAGUCACUAGUAUGGUCAGAGACGCUUUAGACAAGUUAAAUAAGACUGCUGUGGAGGGUCAACUCUUUGAGCUUCACAUCAUCUUUGGUGUAAAUGAAUUUGUAUCUGGUCCAGUGAGCAGCACAGAUGGAAAAAUUGGAAAAUACAAUCCCUGGAGUCAUGACAAGUACUUUCAUUCUCAUCUAAACUUUCUAGCGGUUUGCAAGGACCGUCCAUUUGACUCUCCAACCCUCUUUUUUGCUGAAUGUGGCAAGGACGGUGACGAUACUUGCUGGUGUGUUCCUGUGAUUCCGCAAAAACAUGAAUCUGCUUCCUGGGAUGGCGUGAAGGUUGGGGAAGGAGUGGGCGACACUGAGGGGACCGUCACAGAUGGCGUGAAGGUUGGGGAAGGAGUGGGCGACACUGCUGGCGGUGACUUCGUGCUCGCGGUCGUCGGAGUUGGUGGUGGAGAUAGAGAGGACCGAGAAUUCUACAACAACGACGAGAUCAUCGAAUACAAUGGAAUAUAUGUCCAUUGGGUGCAUGACGUGUCAGAUGAAGCUAUUUACCUCAACUUCUGCCCAGAUGAUGAUGAUGGUGGUGGUGAUGAAGCUGACUGGAUAGAUAUUUAUUGA